AUGGACCCCUUGACCAUCGUCGGACUUGUUGGGAAUAUCGUGCAAUUUGUUUCAUUCGGCCAUGAGAUCCUCACAUCUGUUCGGGAGCUCAGCAGCGGCGGGGGACUUCAGGAGGUGGAACAGCUCAAGCUGAUCGUGCACGACGUGCAAAGAAACAAUCGUGAAAUUUCAGAGUUUCUUGAUGACGAACACAAUUUCAAAGACAAUGUUCGUCGGGAGAUGAGGCGACUGCGGGGUUCUAAGGUGGAGGGGAUAUUUGAGCGCGAACUGAAGCCCCUCCAAAACAUCGCUGACGAAUGCGGGAAAAUUGCCAAAGAGCUUCUUGGGCAUUUGAAUCGCUUCGAGAUGAAACAUAAUGGGUGGCAGCGGAAGCUUGAGGCUAUCAAGGUCUCUGGUGAGGUCAUGUGGAAGAGGAAGGAGAUGCGCGAGUUGAAGACGAGGCUUCUCGAAUUAGAAAACAGGCUCGCAAGCUGGUGGACAAUGACGAUGCUUAGGCGCCAAGGUGACAGUUUUAAGGCCGUGCUGGCGAGUAUCAACAGUCUAGGUUACCGACUAGACAAUUUUGACAACUUCGAUGUUAAUCGGUUGGACACUCUGAAAUCCAACAUCGACUUGUCUUUCGUAUCGAUUCAGGCCCAGGCAACCAAAGACAAUGGCGAGUCUGAUAGUACGACUCAUCAAUCCGACACCAAAGCAGACCCUAUUGGGCAACGCCACGCCACCGAUCUUAAUGACACGAUACAGUGUGUCCAUGAAUAUAUCGCCGAAUGGCACAGGAUGAUUAGAGCGAUUGAGGUCCUCAAGUCUCUGGCCUUCGAUUCUAUCCACAAUCGACGGGAUAACAUCGAGCAGGCCCAUCAAGAGACAUGCCUAUGGGUCUACGAUCCCAAUAGAACUAAUUUUACAGAAUGGCUCAAGUCGGCUUCUGGCGUCUACUGGAUUAAUGGAUUAGCAGGAAGUGGGAAGUCGACGUUAAUGAAAUAUGUAACAACGGAUAAGCAAACAUAUAGCGCGCUUGGAACAUGGACUGGUGGUCGCAGAUUGAUUACUGCGAGUCAUUAUUUCUGGAAUGCAGGAACAGAGAUGCAGAAAUCGCAUAAGGGGCUGCUACAAACCCUCUUGUACCAAAUCCUCGAGGCUGAUCCCAGUCUUUGUGAUGUUUUAUGUGCAGACCAUCACCUAGGAACACCAUGGAAAAUGGAAGAACUCACUACAGCAUUCGAACGACUAUCAACAAUGUCAGAAGCCACAAACAUGUUUUGCUUCUUCAUCGACGGUUUGGACGAGUACCAGGGUCAGGAGGAGACGUUGAUCCGAAUUGUAAAGUCUCUUGCAGCGGCACCCAACGUCAAGAUCUGCGCAUCUAGUCGACCUUGGCCAGCGUUUUAUGCGGAAUGGAACACCAGUAUCUAUACUUUCAAGAUGCAGGACUUCUCGAAAGCGGAUAUGACGAAAUAUGUGAAAGAAUACCUCGAGGGUAGCGAUAAAUUCAAAGCAGCAGCUGCUCUCGAUAGCAAAUGUCUUGAUUUAAUCCCCAAUAUUUCGGAUAGAGCGAAUGGGGUCUGGCUAUGGGUGUAUCUGGUUGUACGAGAUAUCCUCAGGGACAUCAGAGACGGAGAACCGUUCCAGCAGUGGCAGAACCGACUUGAAUCAUAUCCACAGGAACUAGUUGCCUACUUCCGGAAGAUGAUGGAACGAAUUGACCCCUUCCAUCGUAAGCAGGGUGCUGAGAUCUUUCUCCUGGCACUAGCGGCAAUUGGUACCAAGAUACCAAUGAUAGGCUUGUCAAUGCUAUACGAUGAAGACACAUCCUGGUGCGGAAUUGAUCAUGAUGGGCGUCUUUUGACUGGAGCCGAUCUGGAGCAGAUGUAUAUGGCCUGGCAACCUCGCCUUCAGAAUCGUUGCAGGGAUUUAAUGCGGCUCAGCCGCGAUCGAAACUACCGGAACCAAUGCGAAUACUAUGAGAUCGACUUCCUACACAGAACGGUUAAGGAUUUUCUUCAAGAGCAUUACAUUGGCGAGCUCCGGGCCCUAGUAUCGCCUGAAUUUAGUGAACCGAACUAUCUGGCUCGUCUGACAUUUGCGGUUAUCGAGCAAGUCCAGCUCAGUCGCUCGUCGCUCCCAGAUGAUGCCCUAGGCAAUCUAAUUAGCAGGCUGUUCUGCUAUCUGCGCGAGGAGCAGAAUGUCGAGGAGGAGCGACAGGCAUCGCCCUCACAUUUCAAACUCGUGGAGGCAUACGACAGCAUGAUGGUUCGGCUUCUGGCGGCCAGCGGCAUUACCAAUCAAGGGAACCCCUAUACGUCUUGGGCCCAGCUAGUGACCGGUAUGGACAUCGAUUUCACGCACAUGACGAUUCAAUUCCGGCUGCGGCGCUACUCGUUGCAUCGGCUGCAGGCGCAGCGCCAGUGGUCGCGCAAGGAGGCAACGAUGUACAUGGAGUGCGCGCUCCAACCAGUGCUCACGCAGGUCAUUAUCUGGAAAAAGCCGCCGCUGGAUCCGAAGCUCGUCGCGGGCCUCAUCGAGCUCGGCAUGGACCCCAACAUGCACCUUUCCACAGGCCAGACAGCUUGGGCUUGUUUUCUGCAUAAGUGCGUGAAAUGGUGGCUUGGAUGGUCGCCAGCUGAAAGGGCCGAAGCCCUCGAUGCUAUUCGGAUCUUCCUUCGCCACGGCGCAAAGCCGAACGUGGUUGUUAGCGGGCGGCGAUUCCAUGAUAUACUUAGUGAGAUGGUCGGUCGGGAUGCGAUGGCAGAAUGGCAGGAUCUUAUCUCAGGGGGUCGAGCGGGAUACGGGGGUUGGAUUGGCAGGGCACUGGCGUUACCGUUCAGGGCUUUGGGCACCACUAAUUAA